AAAUGGAGUUCAUAUUCAAUGAUGACUUGAAGCGACAAAUGGAUUUUCUUAUUGAUUCAACAGAACAUGCUACGGAGCGAAUCAAGUUAUGCCCUCUUCUUAAAAAGUUCAGUGAGCGCUUUGGGCUCAACUAUUCGACCUAUCUUUCCCGAUUCCAUCAAAAACUUUGUCCACAAAUAAGUAACAUGGAUACAUACAGUGUCGAGAGCCGGAUUCGACUACUUUUUGCUUUAUCUGGUAAAGUUUCGGAUGAAUUCCUUGCAAGAAUGCAAUCCUUGGGAAACGUCGAGCUCUAUGAAAACAGACGAAUUGAGAAAUUCGUUUCAAACGAUGAAAGUCUUAUCCUUGAAGAUAAUCAAUAUGGCCAACUAAAUGAUGAGAAAUGCAAGAAAUUCAUGGAAUUCCUGAUGCAGCACACAAAAGACUUCGUGAAACCAAUGUCGGCCACACAAGUUUUCGAAGAAUUCAAGAAACGUGAAAAUUCUAGUACACAUUCAUCUAUGUACUUUGAGAGAUUCCGCAAUGAGCUUGCCCCGAUGAUUCAUUUGUGGAACGCAUAUAGUGUAGGAGCUCGUGUGAGACUGAUGUUCGUUCUAAGUCAAUCAGUAGAGAAUGAGUUUCUUACAAGAAUCGAACAGCUUGGUAUCGUUCAGCUCGACGACAAAAAGCGAAUCUGGAAAUUCACAUCAUUUGAUGAACAGCUUAAAUUGCAAGGAAGACAUGGUCGUUGCUCAGUAGAUAUAGAAAGCCCCGAGUUUGUCCGAUUUGUCCAAUUUCUUGUGAACAAGACUGAAAAGUCCAACGAACCAAUUGAUCAGCGGAGGGUGUUCGGAGAGUUUCGUGCUCUCGAGCAUGGUGUACUUGAUGUUACCACCUAUAGGGGCAGAUUCCAUGGAGUUGUGGCCCGGAAUAUGAUUCUUUUGGACAACUUAUCAAUCGAUUUGCGCAUCCGUAUGAUGUUUGCGUUGAGUGGGAAGAUGGAGGCGAAUUUUCUUUCCGAAGUUGAAAAACAGGGAAUUGUUCGAUUGGAUGAUCAAAAUCGAAUCAUUGAGUAUGUCGCAAACGAUGGAAAAAUGAAACUCAAAGGUCAACAUGAAGGAAGAAAAAGAGCAUGGAAGACUCGAGCGACUGGAGCGAACUCAGGCAACACAGGAUCCAGUGGAAACUACAGUAAAAGGAGCAGGCGAGACGGAGAAGGUUGUUCAAGUCGUCAGGAGACUCCUCAUAUGGAUACUGCCGGAUCCUUCGAUGAUUCCUUCAAUUUCGAAGAAUUCACUCGGAUGCGCUUAUCGUACAACGAUGUGCUGAAGAGUUUUGCGACUGUUAUCGAUAGAGCUCCGAAGGUUAAGAUUUCUGAUGACACAAAAGGGAAUGUUGACAAGCACAAGGCUCAACAAAUUAUUGAUUUGCUCAAGACUUUUACAACUGUUGUCGAAAGUGCGCCGAAAUUAGAGAUCGUUGAUGAGUCCGAAGUACAGUGUGAUGCAGUCAACAAUAACAAGGCACAAGAAGCUGAUGUGGAAGGAUCUGAAUAUCCGAAGAUCUCGAUGCUCAAUGUACUUGACAAGUUGGACAAUAUGCUCAUUUCUCUUGAAUCGGAACUUUUAAAUGAGUUGCUAAAUGAGAUUGAACAACUUCGCGUUGGACCGGCGGAUAAGAUGAUUCCGUUGAAACUAUUCAUCAAUGCCAUGGAGUCGAUGUUGCAGAAUAUCACUGGAAAGUUCCAAACGAAAGAUGCAGAUGGGAGUACACCAGCAAAAGAUUUUUUGAAAACUUUGACGCAUUUUCUAAAGUGGAUGAAGGUUCCGUUGCUUGCCAGUUUUCUGAAAAAAGUCGAGGAAGAAAUUGAGAAACUCGGAGACAUUGAACAAAAUGUCAUGAUCGGUGAUGUUAACCAACAAGUUCGAGAUUUACUGGUGUUCCUCGUGGUGUCAUCCUGAUUCGAUGUAAAUAUUUAACUCUGAUUUCUUAUUUUAUUUUUUAAGGAUCUAUUUGCAUGUUUGAAUGAAUGAAAAUUAACUGGAA